AUAAAAAUGAACGAAAUCAAGACUCGCGUUGUCGGUGGAACGAAUUGUUCGAAGCAGUUGAAGUUCGGCGUAGAACGCAUAUUAUCGGACGAAAUUUCGUCGAAGAGGACAGAUGUACUCAGGCCGCUUCCGGUACAAUUCUCCACGGUACGGUGUCCUUGCCCCGGUAGUUGCGUCAGGUGCGAGGCCCUUCGAAUCUGCCCUCCGUUUUCGUACGGUCAAACUACGAUCUCGGGGAACUACGGGAACACGAAUCAUGGAAACGGAGUGAUCGAGAACUAUGGAAAUAUUUAUCGGCCCGCUCCACUUCGACCUGUUCCACGACCACCGAUUACUUCGACGACUGCGCCGAGUAACCAACCGGAGGCGAACACCAGGAGGAAGAGGUCCUGGUCGAGGGCUGUGUUCAGCUCGUUGCAACGGAAAGGACUGGAGAGAAGGUUCUCCUUGCAGAAGUAUAUAACCAAACCCGACAGGAGGCAACUUGCGGCGACCUUGGGACUCACGGACGCUCAGGUGAAGGUCUGGUUUCAGAACCGCAGAAUGAAAUGGCGUCACACGAAAGAGGGCGAGAACGCUUCUAUAACGAAUCCAGACACGCAAAAGGACUCGGCGAAAAAAUUAACGAAGGAUGAUACGAAGAGUUCAGUGGGAAAGACUGUUUCAGAGGACGAGGAGGAUGUCGAGAUUGAAGUCGACGUGUGA